AUGUUUCUCAAGCACAUCGUGCCGUCGAUCGCGCAGGCGCUCGGGCUCAUGCUCGUGAUCAUGUCGUUCGUGAGCCCGGUGCCGUUUCAUGACUCGGACAUUUCGCUCGUGUACAUAGGUCCGAAUGUGCUCGACUAUCCCGCGGCGCCGAACGCCUCCGCCGUGCCGCCCAAGACGGUCGUAGCCGCGGAAAUGUCCAAGGCGUCAGAGACCAACGUGCGCUACCGCAUGGGCCUGCUCGGCUCGUGCUUCACCAACGCGCAGCGUGACAUGUUCUGCACGCCGUCGAGCAUGCAUCCACGGCAUAAUACGACGUGGCUCGCGACGGAGCCGGGCGUCCACUGGCGCACGUCCAGUCUGCCGACGUCAUGGACGACGUACCCGUCUCUCGUCUUGUUCUCGUGGUUCCUCGUGCUGGCGACGACGCCGAUCGUCUUUCGCCGCCUGUACCUGUGGAUGCGCCCCCAGACGCCCAAGCUGCGCUUGGCAACGCUGCGCCUUCUCUGGUGGGCGCUGUAUGUCCAGGAUGUCGGCGCAUGGCUCUUGCUGGCGUGCAUGAUCUCCCUGCGCGUCCGCAUCGCACGCGUCGUCGACACGUUCAAUACGGACAAUGACGGCCGCGUCCUCGAGGGCCCGGCGAUCAGCAUGCUCAUGGACGGCGCACCGCCCCUGGGCCUGCGCGCCGAUCCAGGCACGGGCUUCAGUUGCAUGACCGUGGCAGCGAUCCUGUUUCUGGGCAUGACAUGGCUCGAGCGAUUCCGCCUGUACCGCGAGGAGGCCGCGCCUGACGCGCAAGGCGAUGAUCCAGAGGCGGCCGUGACUACGAGCGCAUGGCGCCGGUUGUGGCGUACGCCUGUGUCUGAGCCGCCAAAGCCGAUGGACAUUUCGGCGCCGCUGCCGGCGCGGAGCGACGCGUCCGACGACACGUGGUCGGUGGACAAAGCCGCGGCGCCGGGGCAGGGUUCGUCCGUAGACGCCUAG